CGCAAUAGUCACCAUUUAUACUUCUGAAGCAAAAUUAGCAAUUUGUGGCAAUAAUAGUGCAAAUGCCGAUAAAAGCAUCGAUACAAUUUUUUAGACAAAGCUUCAAAAUAGAAUAUUUUACUUUAAUAUCAGAUAAAAAUUUCGCAUAAUUUUAUUUAUAUUUAAUUUCUCGCAAAAUUAUCCUAAAUACAUUCUUUAAAUUAUAUUUCUUUUGCGAAUGAAUAUUUCAAUCAAUAAUGGCAUAAUAAUAGUAGCAAUUGUAAUUGAUUCUAUUAAUUAAGUGUUUCAAUUAAUUAAACUUACUCGGUGAUUAAGCCAAAUAAUAUUUAUAAUGUUUUAAGUAGAAUAAUUACAAUUAAUUGCAAUUAGCAUUCCGAAAGAAAGAUAAGUUUGUAGACAACGAACUGCGAAUUCAACGAUAUUAGAAAUAUAAAAUCAAUCGCCGAUUGAGUUAAAGAAAAUUCGAGUCGCCUCAACUGCCAUUUGAGAGUGUAGAUGUGCGCUUUCUUGUGCAGGAACUCGUUAAAGCAAACGGCAAGCACGCGGUGACGAGAGUCGUGCGGAGGGUGAGAGAACGAACGAACACGGGUCCGGAAGUCGCCCCAGAGGUUUUUCUCGUUAUGUCGGGCGAACACAAGACGGUGAUCAAGUACCCGUCGGAGUAUGUCAAACUGAACAUCGGGGGCUCGUUACAUUACACCACCAUAGGCACCCUGCAGAAGCACGACACCAUGCUGCGCGCGAUGUUCAGCGGUCGCAUGGAAGUGCUCACCGACUCCGAAGGCUGGAUAUUGAUCGAUCGUUGCGGCAAGCAUUUCGGAACGAUCUUGAACUUUUUGCGAGACGGCUCGGUUCCGCUGCCGGAAAAUACGAAGGAGAUGGCGGAGCUGCUCGCGGAGGCGAAGUAUUACUGCAUCAGCGAGCUGGCGGAGUCCUGCGAGCAGGCACUUCUGCGAAAGGAGCGCGAGGCAGAGCCGAUCUGCCGAGUCCCUCUCAUAACCUCCCAGAAGGAGGAACAGUUACUCAUAAGUAACACUACUAAGCCUGUGGUCAAGCUGCUCAUUAAUAGGCAUAACAAUAAAUAUUCUUACACAAGUACAUCAGACGACAAUCUAUUAAAGAACAUAGAAUUAUUCGACAAAAUGUCACUUAGAUUCAGUGGCAGGGUAUUAUUCAUCAAAGAUGUUAUCGGCUCAAGCGAGAUCUGCUGUUGGACAUUUUAUGGGCACGGUCGUAAGGUGGCUGAAGUCUGCUGCCAUUCGAUCGUCUACACGACCGAUAGGAAGCAUACAAAGGUUGAAUUUCCCGAGGCUCGAAUAUACGAGGAAACGUUAAACAUUCUAUUGUACGAACACCGGAAUGGCCCGGACCAGGAAUUAAUGCAGGCGACGUCGUCGCGCGGCGUGGUACCCUGCACGUCCGACGAGGAAGAGGGCGAGCGCUCAGGUUUGGCUCGCCUGCGCUCCAACAAACAGAACACCAACUGACCCAGUCUUGUUCUUCUCAGUCCACCGCACACCGCGAUCCUCAGCGUCGUUCGCUCGUUCAAGACACGGAUCAAUAUAAAAUAGGACGAGAAAAACACGGAUUGUAUACCAAAACGCGAACGUAAUACUUGGUUAUCGCCUGUCAGUCGAAUCUCUUUUUUUUUUCCCCCUCUUGUCUUUGGAAUAGAACACGAGGACAACUAAACUUUACUUUUCGGACAUAACUGCGUGUUCUAAUCGUUGAAUAUAUUUAUAAGAGAAAUGCGUACUGUCCCUCAAAUUAUCAUCAAAACGGAAUGACAAAUCUGCUUGUCUUGAAUUUCCUCCGCCAUUCUUGCUAUACAAGUGUGUUUAUAAAUGCGUAUAAAUGUGCGACUAUAUUGGAAUGGCACUUUAUUGAUUACAUCCUGAAAAAUCACGAAAAGAAUGAAGCGCCACGCGCUUACUUUAUGUGCCAAAUCGUCGAUUAAAAAUCUGCGACAGGAAUAAGUCCAAGUUGCCAUUCUGUGACUGAUGAAAUUAUUUAUGAACUUAUACUCUAUGACAACUUUUAAGCAGUCAUCUAGAUUAACCAAAUUGUUAUUAAAGAAAAUUUCAUGCAAAACUAGGACUGCAUUGUUACCUGUUAUAAGUAUUAUUAUUUUAUUAUCAUUAUCACAUCAUCACUAUCAUUGUCAUCGUCAUCGUCCUUAUUAUUAAUUUGUAAUUAAUUAUAUUUAUAAUUAAUUAUUAUCCUUACGUCAUUAUAUCAUUGCGAUUAAUUUUUCAUCAUGUUUAUAUUACUCUUUCUUACAAACUUGCAUAAUUUAAUAUCUUAAAUAAAAUCGUACGUAUUGUAUAUUUGAAGCAUA